UCCAGAUUAGUAGGUGUUUCCGGUUCCGGGUACUGUGUGUUUUUAGGAGAACGAUAUGGCCGUACGGUUGCUGCGGACUUGGCCCGCAUUGUCCCAGAUUCGCCUGGGGUCUGUGGGCCCGGCUCGGUUCGUGUCUCAAACACCAUCCUCGGGUGCUGCUGGCACCACGACGGUAUCAGACCUACAACCCGCCCACGCCAAGGACAGCCAUGGACACGCAGAGGUCAGCGUCUACGAGAAGAAUCCAGACUACCAUGGCUUCUCCCAGGACCCCCAUGCGGACCAGUGGAACAUGCGGUUGGCCUUCUUUUGUGGCGUCUCGGUGGCCAUUGUUAUUGGGGGCACAUUCAUCCACUAUCUACCUGACCCUGGUAUGAGGCAGUGGGCCCGGAGGGAAGCAGAGAGGUUGAUCAAACAGCGAGAGGCAGAAGGCCUUCCCCUCAUAGAAGAGAACUACUAUGACCCCAGCAAGAUCACACUGCCAUCUGCUGGAGGAGAGGAGUAACUUCAAGAUUCCAAGUUCAUAAAGUAGUGACCGGAUGAUUGGGCGAGUCUUUUUGUUGGUAACCUAUUGUUUGAUGUCAUGUAAACAAAAAUUAAACUAUAAAUAUUGAUCCA